AUGUCCACCUACGUCCCCCCCACCACCACCGCCGCCGCCACGACAACCACCACCGCCGCCUCGACCGGCGAAGGCCGCUCCGUCGACUACACCUGCGGCGACUGCAACGCCGCCGUCAGCCUGAAGCGCGGCGAGCCGAUCCGCUGCCGCAGCUGCGGCCACCGCGUGCUGUACAAGCAGCGGACGAACCGGAUGGUGCAGUUUGAGGCGCGGUGA